UCUCCUACGAAAGUCUGUAAAAAUUUGACCUUUUUUUAAAAAUUUAUAUAUAUUCUGAAAGAGGAAACUUCGCUGCAUCUUUCUAUGAUAAAAACUCGACUUCGAUUACUUUACCAAAAAAAUGGAUUUUCUAAGGGGGGGCCCCCCUUAAUGUAGCAAACUGACACUGAAAUCCAAACACAAUACCCACACCCAAACCCAAACCCAAACCCAAACUCAAACUCAAACUCAAUACCCAAACCCAAACCCAAACUCAUAUACCCAAACCCAAACUCAUAUACCCAAACCCAAACCCAAACUCAAAUACCCAAACGCAAACCCAAACCCAAACGGUUUGGGUUUGGUGCAUGCCUAAUAACACAUCAAUUGAAAGCAGUGACUUCGAACCAAGAGCACAUCCUUUCAUUUGUUGAUGACAAUCGUUGGAAAUUAUGGUGGAGUGGAAAUGAUUUGAUCUUUUAGAAAUCAGAACUCGUUUAUCUCUCACUGAAUUCGAAGUUAGAAAAGGUUUAUAUCAUUAUAACAAAUUGCAUUCUACGACAACUCUUUAUUCAUAUUUAACUUCCGUAUUAUUGUUUUGUUUAUCUUUUAGAUUCAUUAAAUAAUUUAAACAAGUACAUAUAAAACAUCUAACAUCUGAAUUAUAUUUAUUUACUUCACCAUAGAAGUGCGAUUACUUUGUAGUGAUCAUUAAAUAAUUCCUCAUACUGUUGUUUCCUCGCAUGAAACAAGAGUAUUGAUUGAAGCUGGUAGAUCAGAUCAUCAAAAUCUCUAUCAUCGCCGAGUGAAAAGAGUAUUUUGACAAUUUAUCUAUCGACACAUUGAACAAGGAACUUCCACUGGCAAAGUUCCCAACGAGAUCACUGUUUGAAUCAGUGGAUGUGCAUUAAGGAAGACAACGAGCUCUUGGCUUUGAUGUACGCAAAUAACACGCCACAAUAAAGCCAAUGUAAACUCAUUUAUGAAUGAGUUUGGUCAUCUCGUACACCUAAAUUCGGUACCAUUGACAUUGGUUGUCAGCCGGUCAAACAGAACACUGUGAAGAGUACCGUCAACUAGUCAAGAGAGAAUUAAAUGCAGCGCAUGUUCAAUCACAUCGUCUAAUAUCACUUCAGCCCAUGUAACAGCGUAUUUCAUGUACUCUUACUUUCGUCAAAGAAGCUGCCAGCAAAAAAUAUCGAUGCAUAUAGUCAACAUGUUGAAGUCGUUUGUGCUGAGAUCUAUUGGUUUGUGAAGGUCGCUAACAAACGAAAAUAAUAUAGAAUUGGUACUGUACGCACAACUUGCUACUGAUCAUAUAUUGAAAAUGGACAAAUACGAGAUCACUCAUACAUAUCAUUCACCAAAAAUAACUAACAAUACAUUGAAAGAAUUCGAACAAUCUUACGAAACAUAAAUGGAAAUGAUUCCGUUUUAAUUCAACCGUGCAUCGUUGAAACGAUUCUCCCAUUUUAUAUGGAUCGAAAAAGUUUUGGUAUUACAAUUUUUUUCAUCUCAGUCGAUAAAUACCAUCAAGAUCUAUCAAAUGGCACCAAAAUAUUUACGUACAAAAGUGCUAGAGUGUGUAAUUUUUGCAAAAUAUUAGCUAAAUCAUGACGUAAUUGAUCUUAAUAAUGCUAUUGACAGUAAAAAGCUAAUGUUAGAUAAUAUUAGACUUGUAGGAGGUUGGAAAUAGUAUUUUGUCAGGGGGUACCACCAUAAUUUCAAAUAGAGUAAAUAAUGAAUUUUAUGCCAAACCAAAGUCCGUCAAAAAUGGGAUUUAUUGGUAUCAAACAAUAAGGGUUAUAGAAACUCCUGUGUUGAAACUCUUAAAGUUUAAAGAAUUUUGCAUAAUACGAUCGUUAUAAUUCAUUUUAGCGAAUUGUAAGACAAAGAAAAAAAUAAAUUUUCUUUGGAAAAAGUGAAGAGAGUAUUGUUCCAGUAAUUAUAAGACCUAACUAUGAUUAAGAAGAUAAGGUUGUCAUUUUGCUUUCUGUUGUCUUUUCCUCGUGAUGAUAGUGAAUAAAAAAGAUUUUUCUAUUUUUCUUCUCGUAGAAAGUUACAGAACAGAACAGUUCAAGCAGCUUAAGAAACAAUAUAUAAGUUCAUUUUCUGAUCAGUAUCUUUCUUAGAAAAAUCUAUCCUUUUGGUGAAUCAAUUAAAUCUAAUUAUUUUAAAAUUGCUGAUACUUAUGAUAUUCAUGAGCAGAGACUUAUUGAGAGAAUUAAAUGCAUCGCUUUUCCUGACGCUCGAAAUGCUGUUGCAACGUGUAUUACUCGACAUUAGGUCGCGCAAAAAAUUUAUCACCCGAUUCGAUUUGUUGCUGACUGGUGAGAAAAACUAUAUGGCCAAUGUUUCGUUGAUUAUAUUCUAAAUUGAGUAAAAUCUGUUCAGCUCUCUUGAGCAACUUGCCACACAGACGACUGUGACUAAUGUUGGAUAUUGUAGUGAUAGCGAGAUAUAUCUGUAAUUCAGUAGCCUCAUUAAAUAUGCUAGUGUUACAACAUCAUUUUCCCGAUCACGGUAUUGUUCGUUUCACGGCAGACUCAUUAAUAUAUGCGUAAAUUAGAACGUUUAAAAUUAUGACUAAGAUUGUCAUAGGGAGCAUUAGUAUUCUUUUACUAUUGCUCUCUCCACUGGAGAACACGUGUCUCUUACAAAAUGAAAAGGACCAUGCAAAUUUGUUAUUAGAUUAUACUAUUCCCACGAAUUCACUGGCGAUUCAUUGUCCACACUACGAAGUGUUCAUGCGACAAGAUGUCAGGUCACCAAUUUUUUUAGUAUGAUUUCCUAAUUUUACUGCAAUAAGCGCUUGUAGAGGAAGGAACAAAUUGUGGCAAUCUCAAAAUAUUGAGGUCCUCCUACAAGAGAAAUUCAUACAGUAUAGGCUCAUCUUCUAGAAUUUUCUUAGAAAUUAGCACAGUGGUUGCACAGCGAAUUAUCAAAGGUUUGACAUUGAAGUGCAAAUGUGCUAUAUGAAGUUAUUUUUUAAAAUCGAACACAAAAGAAGCGUGACAUGUUAUUUCCAGUCAAAGUAUUCUGUUUCGUCUGUCUUCUUAUUCUUAUUGGCUUGCACUGCUGCAUUAGUUGAUAUCGACAUAGAAUUUUCCGGCACCUCCUCCAGUUUUGUAAUACCAAAAUGAAAUUUUGUAAAUAGCACCCACUGUUGCCGAGAAUGAUUGACCAAGAAAGUCAUAACCAGUCUGACAAUGGUCCUUGUAACAAUUGCUUCCAGAACUGGCUUGACAACCAGAAGUGCUGAUUCGCCCCCCAUCGCCACUACCGCCACAGGAGGACGUACACCACAUAACCCAACCCGUCAGUUCUGAUGUUGACAUUUCAAAGCUGGGAUUGCUAAGCAACUGAACAGCAGGUAGGCUAACGUCAACGACAGAGACAUCAUCCAAAUAAGCAGUCUCUGCCGCUGCGCCACCGUGAACGGCGAAUUGGAGCACAGGUGCUGUCUUCGUUGAUGUAUAAUUCGUCGAAUAGUAAGUCCACCCAUUUGAUCCACUAGCCGAUAGCAAGGAACCAAGACCCGUUCCGCUACACGAUGUUGCUAAGAUAGAAUCGAUACAUGCAAAUCACUUGAAAACAUAGUCACUCACUUGUUGUCAUCGUUAUAGUAACGGUGGUGGUGGUCGUUGUCAUUGUGGUGAUGGUGGUGGUCGUUGUCAUUGUGGUGAUGGUGGUGCUCUGCGUUAUCGUUGUCGCUUCUGUUGUAAUUGUUGCUAA